ACCUCGGCCUCCCCCUAGACCGGCUCGUUCUUAUCCUCCAAACAACAAUGUACAACCCAGUGCACCAGUUCUACCCUACAAUGUCACGAAUUACCAUCCACCAAAUGAGAACGCUCCUCUGAUUGUACACACACAUAAUACAUCCGGUGGUGGUGCUUCAAACUUGGCGACAGGAAUGCUAGUUGGAGCUGCAAUAGGAUAUGGCCUUGGUGGUUUUGGACCAGGUAUGGGCUGGGACUGGGGUUGGGGAUGGGGACCAAAUCCCUACAGUGGUUACUGGGGAGGUUGGGAUGAAGGUGGCACCUUGGACAUAAAUUACGCUGAUUAUGAUUUCGGUGACAACAUGGAUUAUGGAUAUGCUGACAGUGAUAUUGGUGAAUUUGAAGAUGGUGAUUUUGGUGGUGACGACGGUGGUUUUUAUGGUGGUGAUGGUGAGGGCUACACUAAUGACUAUGGUGGUGAUGGUGAGGGCUACACUGAUGACUAUGGCGGUGGUUACAACGAUAGUUUUACUGGUGGGGAUGGUGGAGGUUAUACUGGUGAUUAUGGCGGCGGUGGUGACGGCGGUGGUUUCGCCGGUAAUGAAGAUGGUGGUUAUGCUGGAAAUGAUGGCGGUGGUGGUGAUUAUGGAGGGGAUGGCGGUGGAUGCGGAGGAGGAUGUGGGGGAGAUUAGACUUCUAGAGCUUUGUUGUGUGCAUCUCUGCGCUCAUAUUUAAACGUUCAUUGUGUACUUCUAAGUCAGAUGAGUUGACUACCUCUAACGUUUGUCUUAGAUACAAAACUGUUAAUUUGCGGACACUUGGAACUUUCCAACGAACAAAAUAUUCAACAAAUUUUCAAACACGUUCAAAAUUUCAUAAAAAGGUCAAACAGAUUUCUUAUGCCUUGAUAGAGCGUUAUUAUUACUGACACGGAACGUCAUCGUUGUCAUCAAUUCACAAGACAUCGUCACAGAAGUAUACAAUUUCUCAAACUUUCUUUUUCUAUUUUUACUUUCUCUCCUCUUUGUUUACUUAUGAAAGCUAGUAUUAUAUUGUAUAAACUGGGUUUUUUA